AGCCGGGCCUAUUUACACACUAUUAUCAUUAUAUUUUAAUAAAAAUAAGAAUUUAUUAAAUAAACUAUGAGCUUUCGAGAAAGUUACAAACUUAUUACAAAACAAGCGAUCCGUUGGUUUCCCGGUCAUAUGGGCAAAGGUCUCAAACAAAUGCAGCAAAAACUCAAGUCAGUUGAUUGCAUAUUGGAAGUACACGAUGCUCGAAUACCAUUCUCCGGACGGAAUCCAGAAUUUCAACAGACAAUUGCUGGCGGUGUUAAACCUCACAUCCUGGUGCUAAAUAAAAAAGAUCUAAUCACACCCAAGGAACAACGUUAUAUUAAGGAUGCCCUGCGAAAUCGCGAGCGUAUGGAUCACGUAAUCUUUACAAAUUGUAAAGAUCAACAAUGUGCUGGAAUACGGAAAUUGAUGCCACUGGCGAAUGAACUAAUUGGAAAUUCCGGGCGUUAUAAUCGGGAGGGUGAACGGGAUUAUUGUGUCAUGAUUAUCGGUGUUCCAAAUGUGGGAAAAAGCUCAUUGAUUAAUGUACUGCGUAAUCGUCAUUUGAAGAAGAAAGCCGUUUCACAAGUGGGCGCCAUAGCUGGCGUAACUCGUUCUGUUAUGGAGAAAAUUAAAAUCAGCGAAGAUCCACUGAUGUAUAUGAUAGAUACUCCCGGAAUAUUGGAACCAAAGAUUAGCAGUGAUGAAAUGGGUAUGAAAUUGGCUUUGGUUGGCUGUUUGCCGGACCAUUUAGUUGGUGAAGACUUAAUAGCCGAUUAUCUGCUGUAUUGGUUAAAUAAAAAUAAAUGUUUUGAAUAUGUGCCAUUGGUGGGACUCGAACAGCCAAGUGAUAAUAUUUCCGAAGUAUUGGUAGCCUGUGCUAAUAAGUUGGGUGUUCAACGGAAAAUAAAACGAACCGAUGGCCAAAUAAUAAUAAUGCCAGAUAUAUUACAUUCUGCAAGACAUUUUAUCAAAUUGUUCCGUACCAAGGCUUUUGGUCUACUCAAUUUGGAUAGACAAAAUUGAGAAAUAAAAGUUCUGUGAUUUGUUACUGCUAAUUGUUAAGGAUCAGUGAAUAAAAAAUAACUAA